AAAUAGCUAAAUAUAGUACGAGUUAUGUGUAAAUGUAUAGGUAUGUAUCAAUAAUUAUUCAUCUGCAAAAUUGUUUGAUUUUCUUCAACAUUCACAGAUAUUUUAGUUGUAGCAUACGAGUCGUUUUUUAUUCUUGUUAUUCGAUAUAGAGAUUCAUUGAUUUAGUAUAAAGAUUUAAAUUACUAAUUGUAUUUCUCAGCAAAAGUUAUCCAUUGCAAACCUAAUAGCUAUUUGAAAUUUAAAACACAUAACGGAUGCAUAAAUUGUGUAUUAUUAGUAUAAACAAUGUAUUAAAUUCGGGCUAUUUAAAAAUGAUAAGUCUGCGUUUCGUAUGCGUUUGCAUUUGUUGUAUCAAUAGGUUUCUCAUCAAUCAAGCAGAUUAAUGAGCGAUCUGAGUCACACCUACGUUUUAUUAUUAUUCUGUAAGGUACUUCUCACAACUCUGUACUUGAUAAGUAAAAGAUAGUAUGACAUACUACACAGCCAUUACAGUUUCAAGAAUCUGCAUUAAGAGGAUAAUAGUGGGGCUAUUUAUUUUAGCUGUGUAUAUGCACACAGGGCUAAUCAUAUGCGAACUUAAACACAUAGCUAGAUAAAUCUUAUAUACACUUUUCAUGUAAAUCAAAACUAAAUAUACCUCACCAUGAAUAGAAAAGGACAAAAUUCUCAAUAAUCAAUUUGUAUUGAGCAUAGAAAACGCUAAAAUAGCUGGCUCCUGAUGUAAAUUUCUUCCUACAGUAUUUAAACAUUUGCAUCUGAAAAUAACAUUUAUUAAAAGAUCAUUAAAAAUUCAACCAAAGCAGAUAUUUGAAAUGAUCUGACUGAAUUCCAAAGUUGCUAUUUAACACUAACGUAAGGUCUGCUUCGUCACGCAGCUGUCAAUACGUGUAAAUGUUAUCAAGAAAUUGGCAGAUCUCGACAUGUCUUAACAACAUUUUGGACAGCUUUUUCCUUCUCCAAAAUGUCGUGUUGGUAGCUUUAAACAAAGACCACCGGAACGAAGGCAAAGGGUGGAGUGUUAAAAAGGUCCGAGUUUAAAUAUGUGCAUUAGUAAAAUUUGGAUGUUUGCGUCAGUUUGAGUGAGGUUCGCUUGUAGACAAUGAUACAUUGUCAGAAAUAUUGCCUCGUUGACAUGUCUUUAUAGGGUAACGAGAGGGUUAUUCGAUGUAAAAUAUUAAACCGUUAUCAAAUGGCGUUUUGUCUUAAACGGUAAAUUCGUUUUGCGAGGAUGUUUCUAAGCAUUUUCAUCGCUUGUUUUCAGAGUGUAUAUUGUAUCUGAUUCAUGUACUUGGUUGAGGAUAUAUCAUUCAACGCUGCUAAGAUACUACAACUUUUUAUAAGUAUCGAUAAUCAAUAAUUUUUUUCAGCAACAAUUCCUCUGUGAUUGAUGGUUGAGAUGUCUUCAAUGCAACUCGUCAGCGUUUAAAAACCGUUACAUGUUUGAGCAGAAACAUAAUAUCUUCCAACAUGUUUAUCUUUAGUUUAAUAUGAGUCUUUGAUCCAGCAUUAAUUCCAACGUACCAAUCCCUUUCACAUGGUCUUUACAUAUUUCAAUCGAUUAGGAGACUAGCAUAUGAAUACCUUAGUAUCGAUCUCCAGCAUAUCUAAAGAUGCGGAUGCCUUGUUAAUGAACUAAUCCCCGUAACGGCACAGUUACCCCAGCAUGUUAAUGUACUCGCUUCGACAUGAGCUGCAAUACGUGUGUAGCGGAGCGAACAUCACGCCCGUCGUUAACUUUCUCCUCAAACAUGAAUAUUAAAGACGUUUACCAGUCUUGUAUACUCAUUGCUUUUUAAAGGGACCUUCAGACACACAUGUAGAAUACGGUGAAUACACCCCUUUAAUAUUGUAAUGAUGUAUAAACUCGGGCCCUCCUUUCAUCUGCUGGUAUAUUUGCUCUACUGUUCAAAUCAGUUUAUAUUGUGACAGAAGCCUGGCUGUUGUCAUACAAUGAGGUGAUAAUGACGGAGAUACACAUGGGUAUUUGCUGAUAAUUUCUACGUGUACCAACGUCGUUCUGGAAUUUUGGACUUAAAUGAACUAUGCGUUGAUAUCUCAAUCAGGGUUAUUAAGGGAUUUAAGACCGAUAAUACGUUCAGAAUAAUAUUGAAAACGUCCAUUUAACGGAAUUUCUGUUACACGCAGUUUACCUUAGUGUGUGAUAAUUUCGGGAUAGUGACUCAUGAAUCAUUUCAAUAUUGUAUGCUUCAAACAUUGUUCCUGUGAUGCUGUUAUCUUGUGACCAUAGUUUAGAAAUAUUAGGAAUUGCAUAUAAACACUCUUCUAUAGAAAAGACAGAAAUUCUCUUGUGAGCAUGUAUGACUGAAACAUUUCUGUGAUUAAUACUUCGGAGGUGAUCAUGGCACAUUCGGCAUACGCACGUGCAGCUGGUCUUCAAAGCGAGGUUAAUAAGAUUACAGUCACGAGGGUGGCGGGAAAUGAAGUCGAAUACAAACGUCAGUUAAACUUGUACCGGAAGGACAUGAUGUUAACUAUCAACAACAUUCAACGGGAGGAAAAACGCUUGAAAAAGUCCAUGGUGAAGUAUCGAGGGCGGAUGCAACAGAAUCGCCGGGAGAGAAAACAAAGGGAAAAGGAUGAUUUUGAAAGGGAUCGGAGGGCAAUGAACAAUAUGUCUAACGUACUAGUGGUUCGAAGUCCGACUGAAGUUCAGCCGGUGAUUGUAAAAGAGGGGUCUCCCGAUAGUGGGAUUGGUGAGGAAAUACAGGGGAAACUAAAAGAGGAUGGCACAAUGGCGGAUAAUACGUUAGAGGACGAAGAAGCUUAUGAAGAUAGUGAAAACGGUACAUUAAAAUCCAAAAAAUGUGGUAAGAAACUGAGAAAAGGUGAAGAUAGUAACAGUAAAAUAUAUAUCACACUACCUGUCAUAAACGAGGACACCGAGGAAGCAGAGGAGAAAUCUGUGACAGGUACAGUGACAGAGGAUGGUAAGAAUUCUACGGAAGGAGCACAUGAUGACGAUGAAUGGCAAAAGCGUAAUGACAAACAAGGGUUAGGUUCUAGUGAGGUGUCGAUAAGUGAUUCAAAAAUAAUUGAACUGCCAGACAUUAUGAAAAGAAAACGUCGCCCUGCAAAGAUAUUGAAAACAAAGAAACAAGUCGUUUCCUUUGCAGAUUUAAUAAAACUGCAACAUUCGACAAGUACGAAGAAACUUUUCGAUUUAGUGCACAUACUGGCAGAAAAACAUGGAGUAAAAGACGACGAAGUUGUUCUGGAGAAAGAAAACAGAAACAUAGCUGCUCUGAGGAGCACAGAUCAGGGGAUUUCGGACUCUAUGAUGCGCGCCGCGUCUGUCCUUUAUCCGAUGAAGUUUGGGUACAUGACGACAAAUGGUGUACAGGUUGACGAACCUACAACACCCUCCUCGUCACUAGAAGAUCCGUCCACGGAUAAUUCCGGACUGUCCUCUCCUUUGGAGACCAAAUAUUCUAGUAAACCAUCUUCUCCUCGCGUUAAUUUUCGUGUUAAUGACAAUCAGAAUUCGGGGGUAAGAAACUACUCCAGACAGACGGAACCGAAUCUUCCAAGUGUACGGAGCUCUUACCCAAAGGAAAAUAUGAAAAGGAACAAUAGUAUGCCAACCUUACUCGACCAGGUCGGGAAAGUGCAAAAAGCAAACGUGCACAAACAAAAAGAAAGUGACUCUGUUCAAAGACGAUAUUCUGUGUCAAAGUCAUCCAAUUCCACCCCUAGGGUCCUACCACCAUUAGACAAAAAGAGAUUAUCGGCCGGCAAUGUGUAUGAACAGAAAAGUGAUGCUGUUUCCUGGACGGAAGCGUUUGCCCUGUUAAAGGGGGUACAUAAUCUAUUUGAUUAGCUCAAGAAAAUGUGCCAAGUAUUGUAAUUUUUUUUGUAAAUGUUUCAUGAUUGGUUGAAUUUAGUAUACAGCUCAACAAAGAACGAUUAACAUUGGAAAGUGAUUUUAUUUCUAUGUCAUUUUGUUUAGUAAUAACGUUAUCAUUUUUUUGUGGAAACAUUUACCAUGCAAUUAUUAAAUAGGAGUAUUUGUUCAAAUAUUAGAGCAGGAUCUUGUGUAUAUUGCGCAUUAGACAUAGUGCUAUCAAUCUGAAAUGUACCAUACGUGCUUUACGGACAUUAAGCAUAAAUUUAAUGCAACGAAAAGGGACUCAAUAAUGUAACAUGAAAUACCAUUAUGUAAAAUUAUUAUUAAAAAAACAAAUGUUAUUGGUUUGAUAACAGAGUUUAAUGCCGUAUCAAUGUUAGUAUUGUUCUAUGAUCAGACAAAUUAUGAAUGUGACAGAGCGCAGUCCCCGAAACGUCACGAAUAAAAAUCAGAUUUGGUUGUGUGAAAAACGAAAUUACAUUAAAAAAUGCGCUUACCCCAAGAAAAUGUUUCUUAGUGUCAAUAUUAAUCUUUUAAAUACAUAAAAAAUAUAUAUAAUGAAUAUGUGCAUUUGAAUGGAUUUUUAUGUUAUAAUGUCUAGAUUCUAAAAAGAAUUACUACAGAUACUGAUCACAUGUCAAUGCAAUAAUCUUCUGAUACGAAAUAAAGUAGCAUAUCUCAAUGUG